CAACGCGGUGUAAACAAAUGUGCGAAAAUGUUAAUCAAGUGUAAUUCAUAUGCUAAAUUUAUCACCAAUUAAAUUAGAGUAAAACAACUAAAAUAAAUUAUUCUAUUUAUUUGCAAUUAAACAACCAAACAAAACGUUACAUAGUUCUACGCAAAUGUUUCACCUACGUAACACUGUCACAAUAAUAUUCAUUAUUACAAUUGGAUUAAAUCAAUUAUUAAGUGUUGGAUGUCGCACGAAUAAUGUAGAUGAUUAUUCAUAUAGUUAUUCAAUACAAAAACCCGAAUAUGGUAUCGUGACCCAUCACUGGGAGAAGCGACACGGUUCCGUGGUCACCGGCGGUUAUAGCAUGUUAGAUCCGAACGGAAAAGUCCGUGUCGUUGAGUACCACGUCGAUGGAGGACACGGGUUCAAAGCUUUCGUUCAAUAUCGCCGACCACCAGCUGGUAACGAUUUAGGCCAUCUACGUUUUCCGUAUCACUACCGUACGCCAAUUCGUCUCGCCGAGCCUGUCAGUCUAAUCACGCCGGAUUUAUUUCGACCCAAGGAGUUCUAUCCGAAUUUACCGUCGGAGCGAAACUAGGAAAUGCAAGCAAGAGUCAACAGCGCGUAAAAAUAUAUGUUGUAUAUGAUUUAUUGUACUGCUGUUAAUUGUGUUGGCAUUUUGGAAUAAAGUUUUGUUUGAAAAGGUCAA